UUCUAGUUCCUCAUCAUGUGCUUCCUUCAAUUGUCGACUCUCAGUGACUGAUUUAUUCAAUACUGAACAGAAUCAACUUAUUUCCAAUCACAGUCAUCGGAAUCCAAGCACUAAAUUACCCACCAACUUGCAUAUUCACUAUGGCGUCAGACAACAACUCGGACGAGAAAAGCUCAACAAAGAUACUUCGAAUUGAUAACGCUGAAGAGUUCCCUGCACUUUCAUCAAAUUCUAAACCUUCAGGAGAGAAGACUGUCACCACAUCUAAUUGGGGCUCAUUAUUUCCAUCCAAAGUGCCGAAACCCCCCUAUUCCAUCCAUCAUCCUUCACCUUCACACCAUCGUUCCCUUCCACCUCUUCCGACUCUUCCUGUUACACCCCAAAAAGAAAUGUCUUCUCCCAGAAGUCAUUCAAUUGGGAAAAGAGAGCAUGUACUUCUAUCACCUACUAAUGCAGAAUGUACGAGUAUUAUGUCUGACGAAACAAUGACUGAGGUAGAGGAGGCAAAUACACCUUGGAAUUCCCCGACUGAAAAUAACGAUAAUAAUAUUUCUGUUGUCAAAGACGGAGAUCUUGGAGGCGGGGCUACAGCGGAAUUUCCGGAUUCCAUUGCAAUAGAGACAACAAAUCCGCCACAAAAAGAGCUUCUUCCUCCAUUCAAAUUCCCAGACAGUACAGCAAUGCUAAAAAUCGAUCAUUACAAUUCUUCGCCAAAACUCGCAAAGGUAAAGAAUAUGGAAUUCGAAGAACUAUGCGAAGCAGAACGCCAUGAUACUCCUUCUUAUAUCGAAGGAGGCUUACCUUUAUUAGAUGUGGUGAUGAAUGAUCCACACAGAGUGAUACAUGCUAUCAAGCAUAUGAUGCAGGGUAUUAUUUUCAUGAAAAGGGCUUUGGGCGCUCCUCGGGAUGAACUCGAACACCUUAUGAAUGCUCACUCAAGUACGUUGGAUCGGAUUGAUGAUCUUCGCGAGAAGGAGAGGCUUGCGAGGUUAUCCAUUGAGAGAAAAAAAUCAGAAAUUAAAAUGGCGCAAUUGGUCACUGAAAACGAACAUAUCAUUGCUUUCAAAGAGAUGGAACAUCCAAAGUCUGCUACUAGGUUCAAUCCCGACGCCGUAAGUCUUGAUGUGUUUGAACCUCUCAAACAGAAACUGCUAACUGAAUUUUGUAGAAACCUUUUUCCCCGUCCCGUUUUAUGCCAUCAAAAUUUAUGAGUCCCACACCUCCAUUUGCAACAGUGCCUACUAUACAGACAAUAUCUCCGUUGAAAUAUUCGAUUCUUCAGGAACCAGGAUUCAUGGUAGAACAAAAUCGCAGCCUCCACACACAAGCAAAAUUUCAUCCACUUCUCAAUAGAUCUAGAACAUGGUCUGCGCAAAGCCGUCAACGUACUUCAUUUAGUCCCUAUAUUCAUUUCAACGCAUAUCGCCCAAGCCCCAUGACGCCCAUUUUUCUCCACCAGGUACCAUCGCCACCGCCCAUGGUUUCUUCACAGUUGCCAUGGAAUUUCCUUUCAAAAUCUGUUGAUUCUUUCCAAUAUCAAACUACUCUUGUUCAGUCUCCACCCCAGUCGCCAAAGCCAAUUCAAUCACAGGUCAAUAUUUCGUUGGUAGAUAAGUCAAUGCUGCGGACACCAGUGUCGGGAAAGACAGAUCAUAGGUCUACUCCUACCUCACCGACCAGACAUCUGUCGGCACAUUCAUUAUACAAAGCUAGCAGUACAAACACUAGUCCACAGAGAAGUAUAUCUACUAAUCAAACGGUCCACUCACCACAACUCUACAAAUCAAAGCUAUACUCAUCUAAGAACCUCAUUCCCCCGACAGCUACCGCCGAAGAUAUUCAAAGAGCUGUGUUGCUACUCCCACGAAGCUACCGCCACAUAUGCCCUUCUUCCUUCACGACACCUGACUUCAAAUGUCCAGUACCAAAUUGUAUGCUCCAGCAGAUCUGCCCAGAUUUUACAAGUGAGAAUGGCUGUUCCUUUCGACCACCUCCUCUCAGCGACUGGCCCUGGAAAUAUCCACCUAGAGGUCCUCUUAUCAACCAAUCUCAACAGUGUAAAUUCGUGCAUAUCCCGGGUACCUGUCUUCACUCUCUCUCUUUUUACCGUGUCUCCGGAUCAUCGUUCGAAAAAACACUUGAAAACUCUUAUCCCGCAACAUCAAGUCAUUACUGUCCAAUACCCAACUGCGCAGCAACCCGAUUCCACAAUUGGGGAUGUGCCAAGGAUUGGAAAACCGGAUUUACAGUCAAUGGUCUUACACCCUGUAUUCCAAGCUACAAUAAUACAAACCACCCACAAGCGCCCAGCGAAAAUUCUUCAGAAUGGCGAUGGAGACUUGCGAUGGAAGGUUUAAGAUUUGCGCAUGAGAGAGGAGAAUAUGGAUGUCAAGGUGGAAGUAUACCAACUAAAGCAUCAUUCCCAAGAGGACACAAGGGGGCGGAUUUGGGGAAUUGGGCUCUAGACAUUUGUACUCGGAAGUCCAAGUCGAGUAACGGGAAAUCACAUGCAAAAGAGGAGAGAGGUCGUUUGAGGGGUGGUAGUGGAAUGGGAAGUACUAGAAGACGUGGAAGUCGAGGAGGUUCGUCUGAUACGAGGAGGAAGCCAACGAGAGAGAACUCGACAAAAUUAGCCAAAAAAAUCGGUUCCGACAACAAUUUUAAGGUAAAUCUGUGGUUUCCGGAGAGUGAAUAAUAUGGAAAGAUCUCAAACUUUGGGCAUAAACGAGACAAUUAAUUACGCAGGAUAUCGAUGGAGUUGGAUGAAGAUACUCUUUGAUAUGGUAUGGUUAUGUAAAGAUAGGUAGGAUACCCAGAGCG